AUGUCUCCUCCUCCUUGCGACAAGGCGCCUAGCAGGCAUCGUCCACUACCUGUUGUGCCAUUCCCCGCUACUAGACCCACCUCUGCAAGCAUCUCUGCCUCUGCUGGAUCGCCUCUUGCCGAUGAUGAAGAUGAUGGAGAUAAUGAGGUUCAAUUCUUGGGUUCCAGACCUGUACCUUGUACACCAACGAUACCAGCCGCAAGUGGCUUGGAAAUUAACAUGACGGCUCGAUUGACGGCGCUUAGGAGCAUAAAUGCUUCCUCAAGUACCCAUAUUUUGACGCCCAAGAACAACGGUAGUUCUUUUGACUCCAGAAUCACGACUCUUGAGAAUGUCAACGCUGCUUUGGAAGCAGAGUUUGUCAUCAUUAAGGACAGAAUUCGAAGCCUGGAAAGCCAGUCCUCGCUCAAUCCUCAGUCAUCACAAUCACUUCCAGCAUCGACCUAUUUGAAAGCAGCCAGCGUCGGUCGUCCGACCCAGAGGACAAUCACGAACAACAGUGAGCAUAGAAAAGCUACGAUGCUCGAGCCUCAAACAUCUUUAAAACUUGUUGCGGGAAUGCAAGCUGUGGAUCCAAUGCCAAAAUGUACAGACAGAUCGAAUUACUCUUCAAAGUCCUUUAUCACCACCGAAACCGAUGACCUGGACCGAGUCUCAGCUGUGACAGCAGAGCAGGGAGUUUCGCAGGUUGUCACAAGAAGCAAUGUCUCACAUGAAUUUACGAUUUUUGGACAGCUUCCAGCAGAACUUCGGACAAUCAUCUGGAAGCUCGCCACACCUGAAUCUCGUGUCUACUCAAUUCGCAGACCGAAUAAUGACCAUGAAUAUCCUUAUGCUGCUGCUGAUGUCCACUCUAUAUUGCUCACGUGUCGCGAGUCUCGGGAGAUCGGCAAGGCAAUGUAUGAAAAGAAUUCCUGCGGUUUCCGAAGUUAUAACUACUGCGAAGCUUACGACAUUAUCUAUUUAGACAGCGUCGAGUACAGCCAUUCAGGAACUUGAUAUAUAUCAUAUGAUUGUUCCCGCAGCCUCGGAGCGAUCCACUGUCUGGACACCAUCAAACGAUUCAUGUUUGAAGUCGAGCAAGACGUUCAGCCAUUCCAUGACCUCACACGUAUAUUCAGCGGCAGUCAUGACUUCUAUACUGUGGAGGAAGUUUUACUGGUUGAUUCGAGAUCUAGCAAACCUACAAGGGAAGCUGUGCUGUCUGACUUUCGAGUAAUUUGCACUCCAUUCGACUGGCAGCGUGGACGAACCUUAUUGAAAUGCUGGGAAGACGAAGUAGCAAAUUCUCAUUGGCUGUCCAUACCAAAGACGCUGAAAACCGUUGCUAGAGUUGAACAUGUCAAGGCCUGAAAGUCCCGGGUUUGGCUUUUGAGUACAAACCUACAAGUGAUACAUUGUUAAAGCGAGGCAAUAACGCCGGAAUGAAGAUAGCUCAGAUGAUAUUUGCUGCAAUAUUGAUAUCACAUCAUGCAAGUCAGCUCAGUGCCGUCCUAGUGUUUCCAUAUCUGACUUAGC